ACAACAUGGCUGCGGCGCCGGUGCUGUUCGUCUGGCUGCUAGUUCUCUGGCUGCCCUGGGGCGUGCCGAGCCCGCCAGACCCCAGCACCAAAAGGCGCUUCUCCGAGCAGAAAAUCUGCGCGGACGAAGAAUGCAGCCUACUAAUGUACCGGGGUGAAGCUCUCGAAGAUUUCACAGGCCCGGAUUGCCGUUUUGUGAAUUUUAAAAAAGGUGACCCUGUGUAUGUCUAUUAUAAACUGACAGGGGGAUCACCUCAAGUUUGGGCAGGAAGUGUUGGACGUAUCUUUGGAUAUUUCCCAAAGGAUUUAAUCAAGGUACUCCAUGAAUACACUAAAGAAGAACUUCAAGUCCCUACAGAUGAAACAGAUUUUGUCUGUUUUGAUGGUGGAAGAGAUGAAUUUAAUAAUUACAACGUAAAAGAACUUUUAGGGUUUUUGAAAUUGUAUGAUUCCGCAACUGACCAUUCUGACAAAGGUAUAGAAAAAGUUUCUCAGGGUGUAGAAAAACCUCCUGACAUAUCUGAGGAAAGUGAACCUGAACCUGAGUUAGGAGAUGCCAACUCAGAGGAAAGAGAAAGUGCUUUCUUAGAAAGCACUAAAGAACUAGAGGAGCAGUAUUUGGCUCUGAAGAGCCAAUUCCAUGAAAGCACUCAAGCAGAUAAUGCUCAAGAAGAGUAUUAUGCAUUUGAUCCUUUUGAAGAAAUGUUGCAAGAUAAAUUACAGGUGCCAGAAAGUGAAAACAAAACCAGCAAUAUUUCUCAGGUUUCAAAUGGACAGAAGAUUGACACAUACAAACUUUUGAAGACAGAAAUGACUCUAGACUUGGAAACAAAAUUUGGCUCAACAGCUGAUGCACUCGUUUCUGACGAUGAGACAACCAAACUGGUUACUUCGUUAGAAGAUGAUUUUGAGGAGGACUUGGAUCCUCAGUAUUAUGUGGUAGAAAAUGAAAAAGAGGAGAAUACAGACAACUCUGAUGAAUUAUCAUUAUUAACAUUUAUGGAUGGAGAAAAUGUGAAAACACCAAUGAAGUAUGGAAUAGAGAAACAGUCAACAGAUAAAGAGCAAAAUUCAGAUGAAGGGGAUACAGUUGAGGUGACUCUACCCCCUGAAAUAAAAAAUGAUGAUAAAAAUAUACUGACAACUUUGGAGGAUACUUUCUUCUCUGUUGUCACAGGAAGUGAUGAAAAAGCAGGUAUGAUGAAUUCAGAGAUUUCUAAUUCAGAGAAAGAAAAGGAGGAUGACGAUGUAUUAGUCCCAGAUAGCAAACAGGGGAGACCACAAUUGGCAAUGGGUUACGUUGACCCUGAGAAUGCUGAAGAUGGUCUUUCUGUGGAUGUCUCUAAAACAAAUGAUGACUUCGAAAUGGACACAGAAGUUGACAUUAAAGGAAAAGGGGAGGACAUUCAGGAGUCCAAGCAAGGCUUGGUGCAGGAUGAGUCAGAAUUAGUGGGUGUAAAGCUAGAAGGUGCUGCACACAGUUCUCCUCAAAAUAACAAGCUCAUCUUGCCAGCUGCUAAAAAGGAAAAACACACAUUAAAAGCAGCAUCCAAAAACAAAGAAAAUGACCUAAAAGAAGCAAUUAUUCAUAUCUCAAAAGAAACACUUCAUGAAGAAAAAUCUGGAGAGCAGCUUUUGGACAAUAGCUCAGAGAGUAAAUCUCUACAUAAAGGUAUGAGGAGUCAGAUGACUGAAGAAAAGAAUAACCAGGAAACUUUGGGUGUCACACCACUCUUGAGAGAGAAUAAUGCAUCCAAAGAUAGGACAGAGGAGGUAGGUGUUUCAGUAAGUGGACCAAAAGCGCAUAUACAUUCAAUGGAGAAUCAACAUCAUGUAUUUAAAGUGAAACAAGAUCUUAAAACUCAAAAUCAACCAAGAUUCUCCUCUUCAGGGGACGUUGGUUUGUCAAGAAAACUGGAAGAAAAGGUCCCUGUCCUGGGAAGAAAUAUUUCUUGGCAGCAAGAAAGUGACGUAGCUGUCACAGUCAAUAAGCAGGUAAAUGAGAAGAUAGGACUCUCUGAAGAAGAGGGCACAGAGAAUCCUGCAGAUGCACAGUUGGCUUAUCACCAAGCAACACAGGGGACACAGGAAGUAGAAAAAACUGAGCAGUCAGACAGCAUGGAAGUAUCACAUUUUCAUACUGAAAAACCAGAAGCAGAUGAGGACGAUUAUCCGUCUGAAGAGCUCCUGGAGGAUGAAAAUGCUCUCAGUGCAGAACGGUUUAAAGAAACACAUCUAGGUAUUCAGAAUAAGAGGUCAGAUGUUAAUCUGCAAGUUUCUGAAGAAGUAAUUUCAGUGACCGUUAAACCUGAACCAGAAACUGAAAGAAAAAAACAGGAAACUAAUAUGAUUGUGGAGAUUGAAAAAACAAGUGACACUACAUCCAAAGGGGCAGACAGGAUGGGCAGAGAAUCAGAUAAUGUAGUAGUGGGCAGAAAGGAAAGCCCUUUGGCAGAUGAGAAAGCCCAGAGACCAUCUGAAGUAAGUGUCUUUCCUGACAAGAAAAUAGUUCAGACUCCAAAGUUAGGUGAAGUAUUUCAGCAUAAAGAUCCUGAUGAUCUGGAAAAAGAUAGCCAUGAGGAACAUCUGAAUACCUCAGGACUUGUGAAAAAGCCUGGGGAAGAAGAAAUCUCAAAUGAGGACCCUGAGGGCAUAGAGAAACUCAUGGGCACAGACAGCCAGGGCCCUGCUCCAGAAGAUCCUGAAGAUGACUUACUGCACUGGAGCCCACCUAUAGCUCUGGAGCCAGAGCUCAGUGGGCUCAGAGAGGACUUACCUAUUAUAUGUAGCUUCUUCAAAGAACAGCAUUCCCUGCAGCGGUUCCUGAAGUACUUUGAUGUCCAUGAACUGGAAGCAAUGCUACACGAAAUGUCAUUAAAGUUGAAGUCCGCACAACAGGAAAGCCUGCCCUACAACGUGGAAAAAGUCCUAGAUAAGGUCUUCCGUGCCUCCGAGUCACAAAUUCUUAGUGUGGCAGAGAAAAUGCUUGACACUCGAGUGACUCAAAGUAAAGAUCCGGGAGUGAAGGAGAAUAGCAUAUCUGAAGAGGUUGCAGUGCUAGACGAUAUUCAAGACCUGAUCUACUUUGUCAGGUACAAGCACUCCAUGGUGGAGGAAACUGCCCCACUGAUCACAGCCCCCCCACCAGAGGAAAGAUGGGCUGGAGCAAUGGAAGAGGUGCAGCUACCACAAGAAGAUAAUUUCCAACAAGAGAACACAGAUCUCAAUAUACAGCCACCUGAAGAGCCUGAUCUUUUGGAUCAACCCGUGACUGGGAACAUGGAUUUCUCAGAAGUAUCCCAGAAGCUGAAUACUGAGAAAGAAAUAGACCCAGGGCUAUUUGCAACUGAAGAUAAUCCUGUUGAUGAGCAACCAGAGAUACGUAUGGAAAAGCCAGCAAGUGCGUCACCUUCGGAAAACACAACCUUUUUAGUACAUUCAUUUGUUCUUUACCUAACUGAGAAGCUGGUUGCUACAUUGCCUGAACAUGUUCAACCUGGUCCUGAUUUUUAUGGACUACCAUGGAAACCUGUAAUUCUCACUAUCUUUUUGGGAAUGGCUUCAUUUUACCUUUUCUUCUGGAGAGUUUUUGUUUUUAUAAAGGAUAAAUUAUAUGAAGUCAGUGAACUGCACAUUUACGAAAAGAUGAAGAUUUUCAGGACAGAAAAUUCUUCACUUAAGCAAAAAUUGUCAAAUUAUGACCAGGAGAGGAAGAAUUCAAAUAAACAUGUUCAAGAAACCAAGAAACAAAAUACAAUUCUCCAUGAUGAAACAAUUAAAUAUAAGGAUAAAGUGAAGGAACUUGAAGAAACCAAUAGAAUCCUGAGGGAGAAAGCUAAAAGUCUCCAUAUUAUGUUAGAAUCACAGAGAGAACAGAAUAUCAAAACUCAAGACAUGAUAAUGAAAAAAGAUAGAUUCCUAGAGAAAUUAAAAGAUGCUAUUUCCACAAAUACCUCAGAAUUUUCCAAGGUUCAAAUUGCCCUUAAUGAAGCUAAGCUUAGUGAAGAGAAGGUAAAGUCUGAAUAUCAUCGAGUUCAAGACGAAAAUGCUAAGCUUAAGAAGAAGAAAGAUGAGUUGGAGCAGCACAUUACAGAAUUGAGGAAAUCACAUGUUGGUCUCAGUGAACAAAUCAAAUCAUUUGAGAAGUCUCAGAAUGAUUUAAAAAUAACUGUUACUCACAAAGAUGAUAAUAUUAAGAAUUUGACUAACUGUCUUAUACAGUUGAAUCAAUUAGAGAAUGAAUAUGAGGACCAAAAAGAAAAUAAAUCAGAUGAAUUCGCCAAUGGAGAACUGUGUGGUGACCGGAAUGAGAAGAUAAAAAAUCAGAUUAAGCAGAUGAUGGAUGUCUCUCGGACACAAACUGCAAUGUCAGCAAUUGAAGAGGAUCUAAAAGUUGUACAACAAAAGCUAGGAGACUCGUUGUCCACUAAAUGUGACCUGCAAGAUCAAAUAAAGAAAUUAGAAGAUGAUUAUAAUACUCUCAAAUCCUCUAAAGAUGGACUGGAAGAUAAGUGCAAAACUCUAAAGCAGAAAGUAGAGAUUCUGAACGAACUCUACCAGCAAAAGGAGAUGGCUCUGCAAAAGAAACUAAGUCAAGAAGAAUAUGACAGACGAGAAAAAGAGAACCAGCUGUUGGCUGCAGAUGAAAAAAUGGUCGUGGCUACAGAAGAAGUAAAAACCUACAAGCGAAGAAUUGAAGAAAUUGAAGAAGAAUUAGAGAAAACAGAACGCUCAUUUAAAAACCAGAUUGUUUCUCAUGAGAAGAAGGCUCAUGAUAACUGGAUUAAAGCUCGUGCUGCAGAAAGAGCUAUACUUGAAGAGAAAAGGGAAGCCGCUAACUUGAGACAUAAAUUACUGGAGAUAUCUCAAAAGAUGGCAGUGCGCCAAGAUGAACCUGUGAUUGUAAAACCAAUGCCAAGAUCACGGAAACCGCCACGGAGAGCUCGAAUGAACCAAAAUGGCUCUUUUGACCCAUCACCUGUGAGUGGUGGCGAAUGCUCCCCUCCGUCAGCAGAGCCAUCAGGAAGAGCUCGCUCUGCCACUUUUACAGGAAAAGAUAUGCCUACAAGUGAGUUUAACCCAGGAUCUGAUUCAGCUCCCAUGAUGAACAACAGCUCCAGAAGCUCUACCCCAUCUAAGGUGGUGGAUGAGGGAAAGGUUAAUAUGGCUCCAAAAGUGCCCCCUCCAUUCCCAGGGGUACCUCUUAUGGGCUCUCCCGUGGGAGGCCCUCUACCACCAUCCAUCCGAUAUGGACCACCUCCUCAGCUCUGUGGGCCUUUUGGGCCUCGGCCACUCCCUCCACCAUUUGUUCCUGGGAUGCGUCCACCACUAAGCUUGAGAGAAUAUGCACCAGGUGUCCCACCUGGAAAACGGGACCUGCCUCUUGACCCUCGAGAUUUUUUACAAGGACACACACCAUUUAGACCUUUAGUCUCUCUUGGUCCAAGAGAGUAUUUUAUUACUGGUGCACGAUUACCACCUCCAACCCAUGGCCCCCAGGAUUAUCUGCCACAGCCUGCUGCAAGAGAAUCACUACCUUCAGGCUCCAGAGAUAAGACACCACCUAUUUCUCAAAGUAAUAUUCAGGACUGUUCACAGGCUUUAAAACAGAGCCCGUAACUAUGACCUCUGACAGUAAGUCAGAGAAAGUGAACUGUGUACUAUUCAUUACCUAUUUCCCAAAGUAAUAUUCAGGACUGUUCACAGGCUUUAAAACGGAGCCUGUAACUAUGACUUCUGACAUUAAGUCAGAGAAAGUGAACUGUGUACUAUUCAUUACCUAUUUCUCAAAGUAAUAUUCAGGACUGUUCACAGGCUUUAAAACGGAGCCUGUAACUAUGACCUCUUGACAUUAAGUCAGAGAAUGUGACGAUAAAAAGACUUCAUUAGCUUCAAAAAAAAAAAGUCAUUAUGAUGAAAAGACUUCAUUAGCUUCAAAAUCCAAAAACUUAUUUUAAAAGGUUAGUUUUUAGAACUAAGCUGCCUUCGCAGUGUGCACUUUUUGAGCCAAAAAUUUUCUUCUCUAAAUAAAAAUUACUUAAGCUAGAACAUCCUUCCAACUUUGAAACGUGCAAUAAAGAUUAUACCUGUGUUUUAGUUAAUGUAGCAUAUGUAAUUGCUGAAUGAUUUAGAAUGUUAUAAAAAUAUGAACAUUUCCUGUGGAAAUGCUUUAAGAACAUGUAUUUCCAUUAUCCAGUUUUUGUGUAUACUGAUUGCAUACAGAAAAAUGGUGUUUACAAGCUUGAUCUUGUUUUUCCCUCCAGUAACUGAUUACAAAGACUGUUACGCUAAAAAUGUUUACUCAAAGAUUAUAAACUUCAUCUCCCAUGUUGAAGUUCCAUGCAGUAAUAGUUCAUAAAUAAAAAUUGUUUAUUAAUAUUUCCCAAGUGUCUGUUGAUUCAUUGGAUUGUCAUGAAAUGUGUGCCAUUUAAGAAACAUGUAAACUCAGGCUCCCAGAACUGAAGAUGGUGACUUGGUAGCACGCUCCUUAUUGCUCACUGCUAAGGAGGUUCAACCUCAAAGUCACCUGUGAACGUUACAAGGAAUUUUUCCUUUUGUUUCAAAGAUGUCAGUGGUCUCCCACUUGCUCAGCAUUCAUGUGCUUUCUUAUGACCCACACUGCCUAUUUCAGGAUGGUUUUCUGAGUAUGAGUUUACAUUAGUGGCAAGAAUUGUUUGGCAUGACUGCAUUAAGUGUUUAAUAGCAAAAUGAAAAUGAUAUGUUGUAACUCCAAAAGUAAGGGAAUUUCUUUUUAAAAAUGUAAAUAGUCCAUGCUGUUUCCCAUACCCUGCCACUGAUUUUCAAGGAAUAUACCAAAAAAAAUCCAAAAUCCAUGAGAAAGAAUGAGUGAGAACCACAAGGCUUAUAUAACAAGUCAACAGCUAUGUGCUAAACUCAAUUCUUUUUUUGAUAGCUACUAUUCCAAAAUUAAUAUUUGAACAUUGGUGCUUUUAUUUAAAAAUCAGUUAAGUAUAAGAAUCUGGAAUGGCACCACACUUAAAGACUUCUACCCAUUACUAUACUGUAUCUUUAAAACAAGGUUUCUAAAAACUAGCGCUUGGGCUGAGGGCAUAGCUCAGGGGAUUGAGCACUACGUACCAAGCAUGAGGCCCUGAGUUCAAACCCCAG